ACGCUAGCAAAACAAAGCUGGCAAAAAAAAAAAUUAACCAAUUAAAAUAACAUUUUAAAUAUAAUAAAGAAAUAAUUAUGUGCACCGGUGGCUCGCCCAGCAGCAACGGUUCUCAAGCCGAAGAGAACAACGAGCACGAACAAGAACAAGCGGUUACGGAGCAAGGGGAACAGGCGCUGAGAACAGCUAUUGGAUCGUCCACUCCAGAAGAGAUUCUUGCUGAAUAUGGUAAAAAUUUAAAAUUGCUUACUUUAAAUUCUCAAGUGGCCGAGCUCUUGACCAUAAUUCGCGACAAAAACACCUCGCGGAGCGAUUUUAAAUUUUAUGCUGACCGGCUAAUACGGCUCGUUAUCGAAGAAUCUCUAAAUCAGUUGCCAUACUCCGAUUGCGACGUGGAAACUCCAACUGGUGCCAUUUAUCAGGGCCUAAAAUAUCGCUCUGGCAAUUGCGGCGUCUCCAUCAUACGAUCCGGUGAGGCCAUGGAGCAGGGCUUGCGGGAUUGCUGUCGUUCUAUACGCAUUGGAAAGAUUUUGGUCGAAUCGGAUGCCAAUACACACGAGGCUCGCGUGGUCUAUGCGCGUUUUCCCGAUGACAUUGGUAGCCGCCAGGUGCUGCUCAUGUAUCCCAUCAUGUCCACUGGGAAUACUGUGUUAAAGGCAGUGAAUGUUUUGCGAGAGCAUGGAGUGCCCGAGGAGUGCAUCAUAUUGUCGAAUCUGUUCUGUACGCCUGUCGCCGCUCGUACCGUAGUCACUGCGUUUCCCAGAAUGCAGAUUCUCACCUCCGAGCUGCAUCCGGUGGCGCCCAAUCAUUUUGGCCAGAAAUACUUUGGUACUGACUAGAUAGGUAGUCACAAAAAUGAAUAAGCAGCAGCAGCAGCAUAACAACAGCUCCUCAAAGACUUGACAACUAAGCUCGGCUUAGGAUAGGUAGUGUGUUAGAUUACCCUGCCAAGCAUCCAAACCAAAUCCUACUUAAACCAACUGACCUAUGUUUUGUUGAAUACGUUAUAUAGUUUCUUAUUUAAAUCUUCUCCGUUCUCUCUCCUGCUCUAGAUGACUAUUAAAUCGGAGGUGGAGGUCAACUACUAUGCAAUUAUUUGGCUUUUUAUGUAAUAUGCAAAAAUACGCGACUCGUUUAUCUUAUGUAAAUAGAAACAGAAUAAAU